AUGGAUAUAACUGUGAAUAUUCCGUGUGAUAUAGUCUCCGUCACCGCAUACGAUUUUUCUGACGAUAAGCUGUUAGUUAAUGAGUUACUACAAUUCCAGAGUGUUGAUUUGGACCUCAGCAGUGGACAUCUAAUAAGCGAGAAACAAAAGGAAGAUACAUUUCAUGAAGUGUUUAAGAGGGCAAAAAAAUCAAAAUAUGCCAAGAAGAAGACAGCUAAAGAUGCUAAGCAUUCAGCUUGCCGUGUAUAUGGCUCUUUUCCUGUAAACAAAGUGCGGGGAGAUCUUCAGAUAACAACUAAAUUUUCAAGGUAUGGUUUGAAUGUUCUCGAGCUAGAAAAACUAUUAAACUUCACGCAUAUUAUCGAUGAAUUUUCUUUUGGUGAAUUUUAUCCAAAGCUGGUCAAUCCUUUGGACGGCGUGGUUGCGGUUGCAGAAAAUUCCAUGCAAGUAUAUCAGUAUUUUUUGUGCGUUGUUCCAACUACCUACAAGUCUUAUUCGACCGGAAGUUCCAUUCAAACCAACCAGUAUGCGGUAACUGAGAGGGCCGGCGUCUCAAAUUAUCACCAGGGAUUGCCACCAGGGAUUAUUUUUAAAUACGAUAUUGAACCUAUUGCUCUGACUGUAUUUGACCGCCGAUUACCGUUUUCACAAUUUUUAGUUCGUUUAGUCAAUGUGUUGGGCGGGAUUGUGGUUUCUACUAGCUGGCUAUAUACAGUGGCUGACAAAUUUCUUUACAAACGCUCUGAUGGGUCCGAUCGUGGAGUUCUAGACUCACCUGUCGAUGAUAUUCUCAAUGAAAAAUCAUGA